AUGAACGAUCGCAAAAUAUUACGAGAGGCGAAAAAAGACAGGCGCCUAAAAAAAGAAAAAAUAAUCGAAAAAACAAAUAAAUUGAACAGAAAACAGCAACUUCUUAAAAAAACUGCUGAACAGCGUAUGAUUUUCAAAAACUUAACGAUAAAAUGGCAAGAAAAACUUUAUGAUACUGUUGAUUUAAUUAUCUUACAAGAAUCGGCGAAAUAUUUAUUGCCGCAUCAGUAUCAAGAAGUUAUUGAAGAAAGGAAUGCCUAUAACUUAUGUGGAUAUCCGCUUUGUUCCAACAAUAAGCAAGUAAUUAAUGGUCAAUUCCGGAUAUUAAAUCGAGAAAGAAAAAUCUAUGAUUUAACUGAAUUGAAACGUUAUUGUUCAACAACUUGUUUUACAUCUUCCAGAUUUUUUUAUACACAACUUUCUGAUGAACCUAUAUAUAUUAGAAAUUUGCAAUCAUGGAAAGAAAUACAAGUAAUUCCUCUUGGUGAGGAUGUAAGGGAAAUCGUUAAAAAAGAAUUAGAAUGUAUACGUUUAGAUCAUGAGACAAAUUUAAGACAAAAUUAUGUAAAAAAUUUGAUGGCUAAUCUUCCACCAGCACCUCCUGGAAUAAAUAUUAAAGAAAAAGAAAAUCUCGAAAUUCAAACACUCGCGGGAAUAAAUUCUAAUCAGAAAUAUGCACAUAAUGCAAUAGAGGGAUAUUGCAUAGAUUUUCAGAAAAAUAAUUUAAAAAAAACAACUUUCGUAUUACCGAAAGAAAAGACUUUUGACACAAAAGAUGAAUCACAAAUAACUGAAUCAACUGAAAAGAUUAUUAAUUCAAAGUCUAGAGAUGUUGAUAGUCAAAAUAAAAUUGUGGUUUAUGAAAAUAUAAUAUCUAAAUUCACAAAGAAGAUUAUAAGGGAUAAAAACAAUAUAUCAUCACCACCACCACAGCAAAAGCCAUCUAUUAACCUGGAUAAUACUAAGAAAAAGAAAAUCAUUUUGAAAAUGUCAUUAUUUGGCAGAAUUUGGACAGCUCUUGACCGAAUGACUACUUCAAAUACGAGAAUAUAUUUUAAGAAAUUAAAUUCAUAUAAUUCAGAAACGAAUAAAAAAGUGGAACUGGAAAAUUCAUACAAUAAUUUUGAAAACAAUGAGAUAAUGACAAAAAGAAUUCAAAUAUUUACAGAGAAAGUCAUGGAAUGUUUUUAUCUUCUUAAACCACAACUCUCAAUUACAAUUAACAUUGAAAGUGAACUUAUAGAACUAAUGAGAACUUUUAGACUUGAUAAUUUAUUAGUAAUGUUGGAAAAUCUGGAAAAUAAUAUAUUGUGUAUGGUAUUUAUAUAUGCUUUAUCAAUUGAUAUUCCACAACUUCAUGAAAACAUCUUUUCCUCUGAUUCAAAAUCCUUAACUAAAAGUGGAACGUUCAAUGUUUUGCUUAAAAGUAUGAAUAUAACUAUUGAAGAACUAGAUGCUUUUGUUAGAGUGCUUCGUGUUGGAUCAACUUAA